ACAGGUGGCAACAUUUUUAGUUGAAAUGGACGACGACGCAUUGAAAAAAAUCUUAAGUGGACGAAGUGAAUAGCUUGUUAGAUUAUUAGAAUCCAUUUUAUUUCACUGCUUAAUAUGAAUAGUUUCAAAAAUAAACGUAAUACAAUAAUAAUGUAACGGCAAAGAUAUUUUUGUGUUGCAUUAAGAUUGAUUGCUUAUUUCAUUUAUUUGUCAACAUAAUAGGUUAGCCUGUUUUAAGUUUAACUAUAAACAGUGUAGGGUAAUAUUUACAAAUAUAAUUUCUUACAAGUGACAAAAUGGAAGUAAUAGAAGAGCCUCCGGUGGUGAAUACUUCAAUUAAUGAUGUGAUAACUAAUGUUGAAGCCGAAAAUACUUCGACAGAGUGUGAAGAAAAGGAUGUAUGUCAUAAAUCUAAUGGAGUCGUUGAGAGUGAUAUUGUUGAACCGACCGAUGAAGGUAACGCUACGGAAACAGACAUAACUCUGCAAAGUCAGGAGAAGGAAGAAAAUACUGCGGAACCUGAACCAAUAAGUGACACUGCGACCACAAUUGAAGAGCCCACGCUUCCGGAAAGUAAUACAGAACCCGUAAGUGAGCCUGCAAUUAGCCAGGAGGAACAAGUGAAGGAUAACCCAGAGUCUACGGAAAUUGACAGUUUAGUGAAAACUGUUUAUCAAGAAGUAGAGAUUGCAGCUGCACCAACAGAUGAAGUUCCUCUUCCCAAUGAAGAACCCUCAAGUGAUGUAGUCUCUGAAGAAACAGUAGUGGUGCAAGAAAUAAGUGAAGAAGAAGCACCAGUUGCCAUUAACCAUGACGAAAUGUCUUAUAAGGAUGGAGUUAGAUUUAAGACCGAGAUAUUAGUUGAAGUUGAAUGUAAUGAUGUCAAAGAAAAUAACUUAAAUGAGACAAAUUCUGAUGAACAAGCUGCAAAAAAUAUUUUGAGUGAAUUUGACCAGAGUAUUGAACUUAGUGAAGUAUUACGGUCAUCUGAUGUUACAGAUAAUGUGGAAAACAACAAUUGUACUGGACGUCAAGAAGUUUUCAACAAAGAGGAGUUGUUAGAUAUACUACAAGGUAAAGAUGCUGAAACACCAGAAAAUGAAGUAAUAGAGGAAAUGGAAACAACAGCAAAUACAAAAUCUCGGGAAGCUCAGCUAGCUUUGCAGCAACUUUCAAGACUAAAGUUUGGUAAAAAGAGGACUCGUAUGGAACGAAUACAAAAGCCAAAAAAAACUGAAAAGAAGGAACAGAAAAAAACUGAUAGCAUUAUAAAUGUAUUAGUGCAAGACUGGGAUGAUGAGGAAACACCAGAAAUUGAUAAAUCUGUCAAGUUAGUUGAUAAGACAGAAAUUGAUGAAAGUAAAAUUCAACCGGCAGUAAUAAAUAAAGAAGAAUUGCUUAGAACAUCCGUAGACUCAGCAACUAGUGAAGACCAUAGCCAGAAAUCCAAUAAAAGUGGUGAUGAGGGUCAGCCCCAUAGAAGACUUGGAAGAAUCAUCAAGAAGAAAGUUAUUUUUGAUCCAGAUAACCCGGACACAUUUACAAAAGGUAAAUCUGUGAUUAAAAGCAAUGAAGUAGAAAAAGAAUUUUCACCUAACAAAAAAAUUAAGACUGAAGUAUCAUCUGUGAGAUCUAAAUCAAAAUCUCCUAUAGCUAAUAAGUUGCAGUGGAAAAAGCCUUCACCUAAAAAUGUUAAGCAAAAUAAGAGGUUAUCAGAGGUUGAUAAGCUUUUAAUGGAUGAGGGUGCAGUCAACAUGAUAUAUCAGUUGACACCUGAAGCUCCUAAGGGUAAAAAGAAUGUCAAAACUAAGGCUGAAUUUAUAAAAAAGCUUCAAAGUUCCACUCCAGAUAGUAAGGAAAUGAAGUUUCGGGAACGAAAGAAAGAUUCAUCUAAAUAUGAUGAUGGUGAUCCGAAAAAAAUUUUAAGUGGGAAACACAGGACAUCACUGAGUAGUUCCAUUAAGUCUCCUGUAGAAGAUUUUGAGACUCAUAGUGCGGAUGAUUCAAUCAUUUAUCGCCGUCAUUCCUCUAGUUCAUAUUCCAGCACAUGUAUGAGUCCACGGAGGCUAAGUGAUGUAGAAUCUGGUGGAACACAAAACAAUGUAAAAGUAGUUCAAGAUGAUAAUGCAAAUAAAACUACAGAAGGCGAUCUGUCAAAUCAACCAACGGAAGGUUUCAUGUCUGAUUCAGUAGUUGUAAAUAACAGUGAAAUUAUUAACAGGGAUGAUUGUCUCUCUAUUAAAGAAAAGCUUAACUCCAAAUUAUCUCUUGCUUUAAAUAAAAGAAAAAGGGAUAGUAGCAAAAUUGAUAAACCACCUAAACAAAAGAGGAUGAAGGAACUGUUGCCACAUGAUGAUGAAAGGAAAUUUAAAUAUUUGACUUUAAAUAUUGGAUUCAGAUUAGCAGAAAUAGAUGUACAUAAUGACUACAAUUAUAAUAUAGAGGUCAUUAAGGAGUUAGAACAGGUAUUGCACUAUGUUGAUGCAAGGAAUGACAUAUCAGUGACCCUGUUGACAUCCCAGUGCGGCUCCCUGUGCUCCCCACUGGACAUGAGGCCCUUACUUCAUGAAGAUGACAAAACAAGAGCCAAAAAUGCAUUUGAAAUAGCCGAGUCCAUACGGUCGUUGCUGAGCGCGUUGGAGCAGCACAGCAAGCUGGUGUGCGCAGGGCUGUGGGGCGCGUGCUGGGGCGUGGGGCUGGGCCUGCUGGCCUGCAGCGAUGUGGCGCUGGCCGCGGACUCCGCCACCUUCUCGCUGGCGGAGUCCCCGCACCACGCCGCCAUGCAGCCCGGCCUCGCCGCCAUCACCGCGCGCUGCAGCUCCUUGUCACAAUCAUUAGUCAGUAUUUACAUUAUAUGCUAUGCGGUAAUUUAAUAUACAGAAAGAAAA